GAUGCGGUGCGCGGGAGCGGCGGGGAAAGGAGAGUGAGGAAGUGCGAGGGACUGGCUGCGCAGGGCUGGGAACGGAGAGGAGUUUCCAGGCAAACGAGAAGAAAGGGGAAUCUAAAGUUACAGGAAUUGAAGGAAAUAAAAGGAGACCUCAGGUGUAAGCGGCACUUGGUGUCACAGAAGAAUUGGUUUCAAGGGCAAGCAUUUCUGUAUUUCUUCAACACAGAAGAAUUCUUGGUGAUGCCAUCAGAAAAUGUGUGCCAGGGCAGAAGGGCUCUGUGGCUGUGUGAGGAUGUGGAGAGAGGGUGUGCCUCUGACUCACCUUUACUGCUCAGUAGCUGGUUGGGACUAAGAUAUGCAAGAAAAUGCCCACUGGAAAUCAUGCUGAUAUCUAAAGAGCCUCAGGAUUUGACAAGCAUAAGGACAUAAAACCCAGUCUAUAUAAUCCUCAAGAAGCCUAGAGGGUAUGGGGAAGGAAAUUCAGACUGACAACUCCUUAGAUCUUCCUCUUCUCUGCCUUGCAUUUUUAUAGUCAUUUACACCAAUGGAAAGUGUUUAGAACAUCGUUGCUGUGGUUGGGUAACAUUUUACUGUGACUUUGCUUUAUGGCAGUACAGAUAACCUACAGAGUUCAGUGUACAAGAGAAAUAGACUCCAGGCAUCUUUUUUCAGCAGAGUCCAUCCUUGUGUAAAGAAGCACAAGCUUGGGAUUAUUUCAGAGAAAUCCUGCACAUCCUCCUGUGUUUGCAUAAGACCAGGACAGGAGAAUUUGUAGUCAAGAGGUGCAUCAGGCCCAUGACAUCUUCCUUGCAAGUGAAACUGAGAGGAAUCAGUGUUCCCAGGGCAACAACGUUGGACUGCAACCCUGGCGAAUGGGGCAAAUGAUACUUUAGGACUCAUGAGCUGGGAGAGCCCACAGAGACAAGAAGUUCAUCCCUGGUACAGUUCUGAAGCUGUCAUGCCACAAGUCUGCUGAUCCUACAGAGCCUGACUCAUGUCUCUGUCAACCACUUGCAGCAGCUUUCCCCAGAGGGAAUGAAGAGCUUGAUGGAUGUUGUGGAUUUUCUUCACCAGUGGAGUGUGAGAAAUAGAAGCUGAAGAAGAUGAGCGAGCUGGAACAGUUACGGCAGGAGGCAGAGCAGCUGCGAAAUCAAAUCAGAGAUGCAAGGAAAGCAUGUAGUGACACAACUCUUGCUCAGAUCACAACAAGUCUGGACUCUGUGGGUCGAAUUCAGAUGCGAACACGGCGUACGCUUAGAGGUCACUUAGCCAAAAUCUAUGCUAUGCACUGGGGAUCUGACUCCAGGCUACUAGUCAGUGCUUCUCAAGAUGGAAAAUUAAUAAUUUGGGAUAGUUAUACAACAAAUAAGAUGCAUGCCAUUCCUUUGAGAUCCUCCUGGGUGAUGACUUGUGCAUAUGCGCCCUCUGGGAACUACGUGGCCUGUGGUGGACUGGAUAACAUCUGUUCCAUAUACAACUUAAAAACCAGAGAGGGCAACGUGAGAGUGAGCAGGGAGUUGCCAGGACAUACAGGAUACCUGUCCUGUUGUCGUUUUCUAGAUGACAACCAAAUUGUCACUAGCUCAGGAGACACCACUUGCGCUUUGUGGGAUAUCGAGACUGGCCAGCAGACCACCACCUUCACUGGGCAUACUGGCGAUGUGAUGAGCCUCUCCCUAAGCCCAGAUAUGAGGACGUUUGUUUCGGGUGCCUGCGAUGCCUCCUCGAAGCUUUGGGAUAUCCGAGAUGGGAUGUGCAGGCAGUCGUUCACCGGGCACGUGUCGGAUAUUAACGCCGUGUGUUUCUUCCCUAAUGGACAUGCAUUUGCCACUGGCUCUGAUGAUGCCACCUGCCGACUCUUUGACCUGCGUGCGGAUCAGGAGCUGAUGAUGUACUCCCACGACAACAUCAUCUGCGGCAUCACUUCCGUAGCCUUCUCAAAGAGCGGCCGCCUCUUGCUAGCAGGCUACGACGACUUCAACUGCAACGUCUGGGAUACUCUGAAAGGGGAGAGAGCAGGUGUCCUUGCUGGCCAUGACAACCGUGUCAGCUGUUUAGGUGUUACUGAUGACGGCAUGGCUGUAGCUACAGGGUCUUGGGACAGUUUUCUCAGAAUCUGGAAUUAACUGGGAGCCAAAUAUGUACAUUCUCCAUUUGAGAUCUGGAGAGAUCAAUGCUGCAGCCUAUAGCUGUGAAAUAACAUUUCUACCUUGUAUUUGCAGGUGAAGUUUUUUCUAUUCACUGAUUAUUACACAAAAAAAAAAAAAGGCUUUCUGUAAACUAGGAAAAAAAAAAAAUCAAGUGAAGAAAUAGGGGAGGGGGGAAGAAAUCACUGACUUUUUAAAAGGGGCCAGCACACAUAAUCAUGGUGACCGACAAACUAAGAGCCAGUCUUUUUGUUUUUGGUGGUUUGGUUAGAUUGUCCUUGAAGGGUUUUUGCUUGUGCUCAGUCUGCUAAUCCUGUACUUUGCUUUCUGGUUUUGGUUUUGUUUUGUACAUAACAGAAUAUACACCUUAUAGCAGCCAACCAUGUAACAUUUGUCUGUAUGUAAAGAAGUAUCUUUGCCUUUUUGGUUUGCUUUUUGCUCUUUUUUAAAGGAACUACCAUUUAUAGCUUUGCUUUUAACCUGAGAUGUCACUUCUGAGUUUUGUAAUGGGUGAACUAGGUUGCUGUUUGAAAUGUUUUUGUGAAUUUACUGUAGAUAAAGUGAAGCCAAUGGUAUGUCUGUGUUUUUUAUAAUGGAUGGCAUUGGAAUUCUCUUUCUUUUGUUUUGUAAAAGGCCCUGGAGACUCCCACUUAAUACCUACCGCCUUAUUCACUCACUUCUUGACCUGCUUGCCUGUUUUUAAUCAUGGGAGGGGGGGGGUUCUUCCUUCAAGCCAGUGGUUCCUGGUUCAUCCAUUGGCAGUCAUGGCCUCCAAACACCAAGGAGUUAAUGCCAGGCAGACUUGCAACAACAGCAAAAAUAAUGUUAAAACAAACAAAGAACUCCAACAAAUCUGGUUCCAGAAAAAUUAGCUUCCUUACUGCAGCUUUUUGCAUCAGUCACUCCACGCAGUCCUUGGGUAGGGAAGCCAAGUGACCUGCACUGCUGCAGUGAAGUGGCUGAGUGCUUUUCCUUCUGACACUUCAGCUCUGACUAAAUGAGGUCGUUCUUGGCCCCUCACAAACUGGGCUUGACGGCACUAGUGGAGCAGUUUGGCGUGAUGCUGGGCGUGGAGAGCAGUGUAUUGGCAAAGCUUGCUCCGUUACCACAAUCAGCUGAGAGAUUCAGGAGGACUUUGGCUUAAAUUCUCCAAGAAGAUUUACAUGUGCAGUUAAUCCCCCCCCCUCCAAAUCAGGGGGUUGCCAAAGCAUACCACAACCAAAAGCGCUUGUUGUCAGUUAUGUGCAGUGUGAACUAGAAAAGGCAUUGUGUAACUUAGACUGAACCAAAUAACCUUACUUACCUGUGUGACCCUUUAAAACUUCAUACUGUAAAACUUAGUGGCUUGCUUGUUCUCCUGUGGUCACAGAGGUCUGUGCCACAGUGGCUUAUUAGAAGCUAGGUGUUGUGCAGCGCUCUCACUGUAAAUAACCAUUUCCUCUCCCUCUUUUUUAGUCUGAUUUUUGUGUCAGUUGCUUAGUAGUUAUAGGUUCUGAUUGAGUACAGUUGAGUGUAGAUAUAGGGAAAAAUCAAGUGACUGAUGUCUCUUUGAAACUACCUGGGAAGAUUGCUUAACUUUUUGGUGCCUGGCAGCAUGCCUGCACUUGCAAUGGAUGCUCUCUUGGGACUCUGAAGGUCUGUGGCGUUUUUGGAAAGGGGAACUAAGUCUAUUGGCUUCUCUUAAGUGACUUAUUUUAAAGAGACCUGAAUUUUCCCUUCUGUCAGCCUGGAAGAUGCUGUUAAUCUGCCCUCAUCUGAAGCGAUGGGGAGUCUGGGUAUCUCUGGGUCAGGUAGGAAAUAUAAGUGCCCGGUAUCCUGUAAUAUACCAAACCAGAUUUGUGGCUGAGUUGAUUCUGUGUCAGUUUCUGACACUUGUAAUCCUACAUUUCUGUACUUCCAGACUGUGCCUGUAAACUUGCCAUGUCUGUAAUGGUGAAGGUGCCAACAAGUGUACCAGUCAAUCACAGUAAAUUCACUUGGGAAGAAAAAGGUGCAUCUUGUGCUGGAGAAGUAUACAUUUACUAACAGCAAACUGUGGUGUAGGACCAAAAUCAUUCUCUGUUGUAUGUCACAGGGAUUCCUCAGCAUUUUGCUUUAUGAGCUGUCUGCAUUACCAGAACUAUUGGGGAACUCUUGUUACUCUCUUAAGUGAGCAGCUCUUUGGGAUCUUGCAGACUAGGUUUGUGUUUUUAGUGGCGCACUUGAUUAUUGGUUUGGAAUUGGAGUUUUUAUUUGGUUGGUUGGUUUUGUUUUCUUAAACUCACAGCUGCCUUGAGUGAAUCAUUCUGGAAAUUUGUUACUAGGGAAUUGUAAGAAAAUCCUCUUUUUCUAAAAACAAACAAACCCAAUGUUUUCCAUGCAUGGGUGUUUCGAACCAAUUUCCUGGUCAACACCUUUGUGAAGACAGCUGCCAUUUUUACAUCCUGGUAUUAUAGACCCAAUUUCUACUUCUGAGACUCCAACAGUGAUUUUACAAGUGUAUAUAACUUCUUUUCUUAAAAGUUCAGGUAGGCUAAACGUGGUCAUGGCUCUCACAGAGGUAUUGCUGCAAGCCAUUUCACUGUCAUUGUUUGAUGGGCAAUUUGUCUACUGGGUUCAGCUGCUUUUCAAAUCGAUCACAAGGAAGAGCCAGCUGCUUGCUAAUGGAGGUUUCCAGAAGCAUCACACAAGUAUCUGCUAGGUUUUGCUGUUUGGUUAACCAGUGUCUGCAGUGCUGCAGGUCCUCAGCCCCCUCCUUUUGUGUCAGGGCACAAGGAGACCUGGAGGGAGCCCAAGUGCAGCUGGGGAAAGAGUGUCUGGUACUUCUUGGGAACUUGUAGAAAGCUUGUGCUAGAUUCUGCCAGGGUGAGAUUUGCUGUUCACUUACUGCCCUGAGUAUAGAAGUGAUUUGUUUUUUAGGGCCUGCAGGUAUGAUGUAAUACACUGUUGUUAUGUGAGGCCAAAUGAUGACUUUGCACAGGCUGUGGUGUUUCUUUAUUUAACCAGCCACUUUCAGGAUUGGUGCCCUUAGCAAAAUGGCUGCAGUUUCAAUGGUAAAAGCUCUAGCUUCUCCUAAGGAGAAGGAGGUGGUAGAGUGACUCUUCAGUACAGUGACUCUUCCUAGCUUUUACUUGAAAGGCUUUAUUCUCAGCUUUUAAUCUCCAAGGAAAGGGUGUGUACCUGCAGUUUGGUGUAGGCUCAGGUGUGCAGCUCAUGCAAUUUCCAGCUGUGCACCCUGCCAGCACCCUCACAGCAAAUGUUGCAGCACUACUGGCUUCAUCUUAACCUGUCUUGAAGAAGCUCGUUGCCAAACUACAGCAUUACCUGAAUUUCACACAACUUGUCUAAUUGCAGAAAUGGAGCAGCAGCUAAGAGCAGUGUGGCAGGACGGUGGCCAGGUAAUGCUUUCCCAGCCUCUCUUGCAAGAAGUCACUGGGUUAUGGUUUGGGAAGUGGGACUCUGGGCUUUGUGUAACCUUUAUUUCAUUCAGGUACAGGACUUUUGUCAGCAUUUUCAAAUGUUGACUUAGCUUGCCGAGAGAGGAUCGGGCAAAUGCCCAACUUCAGCAUGUUCCUGUGUAGACUCAGACUUCUGUUUCUCGGUGGAGAUCCUGGUUGAGAUCCUGGACACCACAAAAAAAAGCUUCUCUGUGGCAUUGUGCCGAUGUAUACUCGCUUACUCCAGUAACGUGGGCCUGUUCCCAUCUGUCUCCAGACCUUGCUUCUUCCACACAUUGCUAUCCUCUGCCGCGCUAAAUCGCAGGUACGCUGCAGCACUGGCAGCAGCGACGGCACGAUGGCGCUGACAGCAAGACAUACACCAUUUCAGAUGGAACGUGGAUCAAAUAGGCUUUUCCCCCUGCCGAAGGAGAGGGCCUGACCUUGCCUUGGCAAAGCUGAACCGAUGUCACAGCCGGUCCUGGUGUGCUGACUGUAAUGCAUGGGUUGGAACUAGUUAACUCUCUAAUUCAGUUGGUGUAACCGCUUGUCCCACAAGGGAGUUCACAUUACUUUAAGGUGGAAUGGAAACCAUUGUGAAAACAUUCCAAGAGUGCUUAGUCUUUCCUCUUUUGAGGCCACUGUCACCUCCACUAGGUUUAGUGCUGUGCUUUAAGAUGUUGGUGAGAGUAUUGGCUAAUUGACUAGUUGGUCUAAAUGGUCGUGUAGCAGAAUGACUGAUGUUUGAGAUAGCGUUUCCUGUACAAGUAUUUAAGCAUGGGUUGAUGGUGCACUUUGUAUCCAGUAAUCUGGCCUGCAUGCUGGCUAACUACUUCCUACACUUCAGAGGCACCACGAGCCUUGUAUCCAAUUGCUGGUUAUGUAAAAUACAUGCAGAAUGUUAAUGCAGUGUCGUUAUGGUAAAUGUGUGAACAGUGUUACUAAUUGAUAUAACUGAUAACAGAUUACAUGUGCCUGACAUUCUUAUACCACACAGUAUGUUUAGGUUUUUAACUAAUACGGACUUUGGUGGAAUAGUCUUAGGUAUUUCAAGCCUUUGUUUUACUUACACAAUGGUGCUCUCUAUUCUGUUUGGGUUUUUUUUUUUCUCCUCCUUUUUCUCUUUUCUAAUUUUUAAAAAUGAAAGCAUCUGAACACUUGUAGUACAUAUUACAUCCAAAGGAGUCCAAAACAAACUGCUUCUAAACAUGAUUGGGUUUAAUUUGUCCUUAAUUUCCAGCAUUUCUCAUUAAUGAGGUUAUUUUUUUUUGUUAGUUGUUUUAGUUUGGGCUCUUCUUUUGGUAUUUUUGGUUGUUUUUUUUUACUUUGUUGCUGACUACUUUGGAAAACUUUGGUAAUGUUACCAAUUAUGAAGUGAUUCUGCACUGCCUUUGGAUUGUGUAUGUAUUCAGAAACAGUCUUAAAGCUUUUAUUUAAGCUAUUGAAAAAAAAACAACCAGGGACUUGUGCCAUUUGUUCUUUAACAGUGCUGUUGUAAAAAGACUUCCCUGUGAAAAAAAAAAUCACUUGCUAUGAACUCUUGUUUAUAGCUUUUUUUUUUUUCCACGAUGGAUCUUUUUCUUUGUAUUUGUACAGUGGCUCAGUGAAAGAUGUUGCCAUGAGUUGAUAUUGUAACCAAUAAACAAGUGCUUUUAACCAGA